ACCGAACCAACUGCCGAAACCUGGUUCGAAUGGGUUCUUCCUCGAGCAACGCCAACGAAGCGGCGGCAGCGGCGGCGGCGCCACCUCCUCCUCCCGCGCCGCCGGCCCCCCUCCACGUGAUGGACGCGGACGAGGACGACGAGAACGUGAAGCAGCUCAACGAGUGCGCCGCACUCUACCUCUCCCUUCAGGACUGCCUCGCUGACUCCGACCGCAACUGGAAGGCCUGCCAAGCACAUGUUCAAGCCUUGAAAGCAUGUGAGGCGAGCAGAAACAAAAAUCAGAAAACAUGAAAUACUUUCAUGCGCUUUCGUUUCAGGCUAAAUGUUGAACGCAUCUCACUCAUACCAUCUUCGUGAAGACUAUAACACAACGUGCUGGAGUUUUGAGCUGUUGAUGGAGAAGAUUUGCAACAUCAAAAAAUAUAGUGUACUGUCAACUGAAAAGACAUAGAUGAUCUCUAGAUUGCUUUUAUUUUUAGCAAUCACUGAACUAGAUUCGAUGUUUCAAACAGUACUUGUGAUUUCUAAUAAAUGGCGGCAGUAUAAACGUA